ACUCCAUUGUUCAGCAUGUACACAAACAAGUAGUUCCUUUCGAAUACUGGUCUACUGAUGAUUAUACAAAAAUGCUUUUGUGAGAGAGAUAUUAUCUUUGCAUGGUUUUGACGUCAUAGCAACUUAUCUUAUAGUUCGAGUAUAGAUUACAAAGUGUGCUUUUUUCUGCGGCUAACGUAUGCCGGUAAAUAAUUCUAUAAUGGCUACUAUUGUAAAGAGCAUUAAUUUCGGCUUAUAUUCCCGAGCGUUAGUUUUUCGGUUAAAAAGAGCAUAUGAUUGUCAUUCUGUUAAAACGCUUAGAUGCUUUUCACAGACACAUUUUCAGUUAUCUAAUCGAAAGUAUGCUGAAAAACAUGAAUGGAUUGUAACAGAUGGUAAAAUUGGAACCGUUGGUGUGUCUCAUUAUGCUCAGGAAGCAUUAGGUGAUGUAGUCUAUGUCCAGCUUCCUGAUAUAGGUCAGACAGUUGAAAAGGAUGGUGAAGCAGGAGUUGUGGAAAGUGUAAAAGCUGUAAAUGAACUCUAUAGUCCUGUUAGUGGAACCAUUACUGAAGUAAAUGAAAAACUUACAGAUAAGCCAAGUUUGAUAAAUGAGUCAUGUUAUGAUGAGGGUUGGGUAUUUAAAAUAGAAUUAUCUGAUUUAAAAGAGUUGGAUACUUUAAUGGAUGAAGAAAGUUAUGAAAAGUACUUGAAAUCCAUUCACUAGCAUUUGUAAUCCUUCAUAAAUGAGUUUGUGUUCUUUCGCUGAGUUCUUAGUCAUAUUUCUUAGUCUAGUCAGACUUAAGUAUUAAAAAAAAAAAUCUGCCAAUGUUUGUUAAAGCACAUAAUUUUUACAUUUGAUUUGUAUUUUCAUUUGAAUUGAAUAACUUUCUUAUUAUUUUGUGAUUGUCUUAUUUGUCCGUCUCAUCUUCAUUUAGUUAAUGAGAACAUGGUUGUUGUAUCUUUGGCACUGUAUGCAUUUAUAUCUCUUUAAAAUGGAUUGUGCAUAUAAAAUACUGAUGAAUUUUAGAGGUACUUGUCUAAUUUUAUAAUGUGAAUAAAAUAUUUCAAUUACUCUA